GGACGCGGCCGGGCGCUCCCAGCGUGCUCCGCGGUGCUCGGUUCACAUCCUCUAGGUUGAUGGGAAAGAGUUGAAAUGGCGGCCGCCGGCGCCGGGGCCGCCCGGCUGCUCCUGCUUUUGCUGAUGGUGGCAGCAGCGCCCAGCCGAGCCCGGGGCAGUGGCUGCCGGGCCGGCGCCGCCGUGCGAGGGGUGGGGACAGAAGGGCGAGAGGCUGAGGGCUGCGGCACGGUGGGACUGCUGCUGGAGCACUCCUUUGAGACUGAUGACAGUGCCCACUUUCGGAAACGGGGCUCACUACUCUGGAAUCAGCAGGAUGGCACCUUGUCCUUAUCACAGCGGCAGCUCAGCGAGGAGGAGCGGGGCCGACUUCGGGAUGUGGCAGCCCUCAAUGGCCUGUAUCGGGUGCGGGUCCCGAGGCAGCCAGGGGUCCCUGAUGGGUCAGAAGCUGGUGGCUAUGUCUCUUCCUUUGUCCCUGCGUGCUCCCUGGUGGAGUCACACCUCUCAGACCAGCUGACCCUGCAUGUGGAUGUGGCUGGCAAUGUGGUGGGCGUGUCAGUGGUGACACACCCUGGGGGGUGCCGAGGACAUGAGGUGGAGGAUGUGGACCUGGAGCUGUUUAAUACAUCUGUGCAGCUGCGGCCCCCAGGCACAGCCCCAGGUCCAGAAACAGCAGCCUUCAUUGAGCGCCUAGAGAUGGAGCAGGCCCAGAAGGCCAAGAACCCCCAGGAGCAGAAGUCCUUUUUUGCCAAAUAUUGGAUGUACAUCAUUCCUGUUGUCCUGUUCCUCAUGAUGUCGGGAGCACCAGACGCCGGGGGCCAGAGUGGCGGUGGGAGUGGGGGUGGCAGCGGGGGUAGUGGCCGGUAAGCAGCACACCCUCUUUACCCAAGGACUUCCUUUACCCAUUCUCCCAUGUCCUUGGUCAUCCCAAGAAGGACUUGCUGGCCCCCUCCUGUCUCCUCAUCCCAUGGAGGUAGAAAGAUGCCCCCUCUUUAGGGGGCCUGUAGGCUGCCCGGGGAGCCCAUAUUCUCCGGGGGCCUCUCUGUUCUUUUUAGCAGAGGGGUGGCAAACUAGAGUGCAUCUGCUGUGCCCCCUUUCCCAUGACCCCACCUCAGCCUCAUGGGCUCCCCUUAAAACACAGGCUGGAGUCCAAGCUCUGGGAAUUGUGUCACUGCACCCCGUGGCCCACCCCACCCCAGCCCUGCAGUCUGGGAACAUGCCACGUCCUCUCCAGCCUCUGUGCCUUUGUUCUGGGUGUUCUUGCCCUGCCUGGCCUCGACCAGGUUCCCAGGGCACCUCCUCACUUAGUGUGUGUCUCUGGCCUUCCACGGUCUCCCCUCUGAGGAUGUGGUUGGGAGUGGCUGGCCGUGGGUGCCCUUGGGUUCCACUUGCAGCACCCCCCGUCACCCUGCCUGGCUGUGGGGGAAGCACUGGGCCUUCUGGACGCCAGGCCUCUACUAGCCUUCUGGGUGUGAAGAGUGGUGGUGUUUAAUCAGGAAAUGACAAUGGAGUCAGGGCCAAGUGAUACGAAUAGAAUCCCCUCCUCAGUCUUACCUGGGUCACCUUACCCAGGGUGCAGCACCUGGACAGGCUGCUGGGCCUCUGCUGUUUGUUGCCCCUUGUCUGUUGAAAAACGUUUGCAUUAUAUUGAAGGUUCCAGCUUUCAACAGCCAAGUGUGGCUUGAGUCCUGCUGUUCACUUAAUAUAUUUAUUCAGAAAUAAGAAAAUGGCCAUCGUUGUCGUUAUAAUGUUAUAAUUGCUAUGAAGCAUUCAGUUGUCGUAUGGCAGUUGAUUAAACUUCCCCAAAUGUCCAACAUGUAGCUCCCUUUCUGCUUUAGUGGUCAUUAAUGGCCCUGCAGGGGGCCUGCAGUUGUGACUUGCCUAACACAUGGGAGACGCUGUUUGAUUCUCAGCAACACAUAAGAACAAAUAAAAAUAAAGGUGUCGUGUCCAA